CUAUUUAAGAAAAACUUGAGGAAAAUUGUGAGCUUGUUUUAUUGGGAAACAUAAAAGAAAUUACAAUAUAUGAAAAUUUCUUCUAAAUUUUUUGAAGGGAACAAAUUUUUCUUGUAAAUUAGUUUUUUUUCUCUUAUUUUUAAUUCUACUAAUUAUAGUUUGACUGAUUUUGCGUUAUCAUAUGCAAACAUAACAUUUACGGAUGAUAGUUGUUGAUGUUUUAAAACAAUUAUAAAUUGUAUUACUAUCAACUUCUACAAAAUAAAAUAGUUAUUUUUUAUAUUUUUGACAGCGAGUUGUUGUAGAUAAAUAAAUAAAAAUAAAAUACAUAAAAGCAAUCUUUAUUUAAAAUAAUAUAUAUAUAAUAAACUAAAAUUAAAUUGUAUACAUCAAUUACAAAUAUAUGAAUAUAUUUUUAUUUUCUAAUUUAUGUUUUCUAACUAGUAUCAAAAGUUAUAUACAUAAGAACUUUAUAUUAAAAUAUUUUCUAUUAAAAAUAAACAAUACUUUUUAAAACUAAUAUGAAUACCCGUAAAAACAAUUUAUUCAAACUUAUAUCUUUCUCUAAACUAAAUAUUUAAAAUAAAUUUAAUAUUGUUAUUUAUUAUUUUAAAUGAUAACUUUAUUAUGAUAUAAUAUAAUUAUUCUUUUAGAAAAUAUAAUAUAUUAUUAUCAUUAAUAUAAUAUUAAAGUAAUGAUGAAUCUGAUAACUAAUAAGUCAUAAUUAUUCUGCAAAAUACAUCUAUUUCUAAUCGAUGUUUUAGUGAUACAAAUCAUAUUAUUUUGAAAUCACAUUAUCCGCCAACUUUUGUAUCUACAUUCGUAAUUGCUGUGUUUAAGGCAGUGAGACCCGUAGCCUCCAAAUUAAUUGAACAUGUAGAGUCUCAACUAAGUGAUAAAUGGAAAAAAGGAAAAAAUUAUUGUAAGAAAAUAAUUUACGUCGACUUUUACACUCACAGAAUCAUGCCUCGGCAGAAAUAUCUGACUAAUUAACAAACAAAAAAAACAUCAUCAAGCGAGAAUCACAAGUGUACAUAUAGCCGCCACUCGCCACCCUCCAAAACACCAACACUUAAACUGACACAGACAACACAUAUCCUUAAGCGAGAAUCUCAUGGACUCGUCUCAAUACGAUGUCGUAUACCAACCACUUCUCCAGCCUCAGCUUUCUCCGUUGCCGGAAUCCAACAACGGCGAGUUAGAGAGAGUGCUUUCCGACUUAGAAACUCCCUUGUUCCCCCGCCUCCGUAAAGCCACCAUGAUUGAAUCCAAACUUCUUUUCAAGCUUGCUGCGCCAGCUGUCAUCGUCUACAUGAUAAACUACCUCAUGUCCAUGUCUACUCAAAUCUUCUCCGGUCAUCUCGGAAACCUAGAACUAGCUGCUGCUUCUCUUGGAAACACAGGAAUACAAGUCUUCGCUUACGGUCUCAUGCUUGGGAUGGGGAGUGCAGUGGAGACGCUGUGUGGACAGGCGUUUGGAGGGAGAAAAUACGACAUGCUCGGCGUUUAUCUCCAAAGAUCCGCCGUGUUGCUCACGCUCACCGGCGUCCUCCUCACCAUAAUAUACGUUUUCUCCAAACCCAUUCUGCUUUUCCUUGGAGAGUCUCCGGAGAUCGCUUCCGCGGCGUCUCUCUUCGUCUACGGCCUUAUCCCUCAGAUCUUCGCCUACGCGAUGAACUUCCCUAUCCAAAAGUUCCUCCAGGCGCAAAGCAUCGUUGCUCCGAGUGCUUACAUUGCAACCGGCACUCUCUUCGUUCAUCUUCUCCUAAGCUGGCUCGCUGUUUACAAGCUCGGGUGGGGUUUACUCGGGGCGUCUCUCGUGCUCAGCCUCUCGUGGUGGAUCAUAGUGGUGGCUCAGUUCGUUUAUAUUGUGACGAGUGAACGGUGUCGUGAGACGUGGAGAGGGUUUAGUGUGCAAGCGUUCUCGGGGCUACCUAGUUUCUUUAAGCUAUCUGCCGCAUCCGCCGUGAUGCUUUGCCUUGAGACUUGGUAUUUUCAGAUCUUGGUUCUUCUCGCCGGACUACUCGAGGAUCCGGAACUUGCUCUUGAUUCUCUCUCCAUUUGCAUGACGAUUUCAGGAUGGGUGUUUAUGAUCUCUGUUGGAUUCAAUGCAGCGAUAAGUGUAAGAGUGAGCAAUGAACUUGGAGCUGGGAAUCCUAAAUCAGCAGCAUUUUCUGUAAUCAUCGUUAACAUAUAUUCGUUCAUCACAUGUGUGAUCUUAGCUAUAGUAAUUUUGGCUUGUCGUGACGUUUUGAGUUAUGCAUUCACUGAGGGUGAAAAAGUAUCAGCUGCGGUUUCUGAACUAUGUCCACUUCUUGCCUUAACACUUAUCUUGAAUGGAAUCCAACCAGUUCUUUCCGGUGUUGCGGUUGGUUGUGGUUGGCAAACGUUUGUGGCAAAAGUCAACGUUGGAUGUUACUAUAUUGUUGGAAUUCCUCUUGGGGCUCUCUUUGGGUUUUACUUCAAAUUUGAUGCCAAGGGUAUAUGGACGGGAAUGAUAUGUGGUACGCUUAUACAAACCGUUAUAUUAGCGUGGGUCACGUUUAGAACGGACUGGACAAAAGAGGUGGAAGAAGCUUCUAAAAGGUUGGACAAAUGGAGCAAUAUAAAACUAGAAGUGGUUCCCGAAUGAUGCAAGUCGAUGUAAAUUUGGUAACCAAUGUGAACCGAUUGGAUCCAUUGGUUUAACGAAAAUCGAUGCAAAUGCUCAAGAUAAUCGGUGUACUUUUUCUUUUGGGGCAACGGGGAAAUGUACUAUAGGACUGUAUUUUAUCUUUGAUUAAUUUAUGUGCAUGCUUGCUUUAAAGUUAAAACAAAAUAAUAAGUUGGUAAUGUAUUUUGUAUGCCAAAUUAAGAUGACCAUUGCUUUAUAUCUUUGAUU